UUGAUAAAUAACAGCUCCUAACCUAAAUUUUAUUGAGCAAAAAAACAACAAGUACAAUUUUACAUAGUACUAAAAAAUGGCGACCGCAAUGGUUUUACCAAAAUUAUAUUCCAACAGCAACAACCUUACAGUAUUAACUACUAGUGUUAUUCUAAAGAAAUCCCAGCACUUGAUAGAGUGGAAAGAUAAGCCGUCAAUUUUGGAAUUUGGCUUCGCAGACGGGACCAACUCCCAAAAGUCUCUACAUCCACUGUUGCCGGCCGAUUAUAACGAAUUUAUUGGGGUCGAUAUAUCGAAACCCAUGGUGGAAUAUGCAAAAAAACACGUAGUCAUGUCUAGAAGUGAGUUUGUUCAACUGGACAUUGCCACUAAAAAUCUACCAAAACAGUUCCAGAAUAGAUUUGAUCACGUUUUCAGCUUUUACACUUUAAAAAUGAACGUAGCCAGACAAGCUUUUAAAAACGUAUAUACAAUGCUUAAACCCCAAGGAGAAACUUUCCAAGUGUUUUUUAAAGUUUUACCUGUAGAGGACGCUUUCGAUGCGUUAGCUAAACACCCAAAAUGGGGAAAAUAUGGCCAUGAAAUGAUGGUGACCACUGUGCCUAAUUCAAAUCCUAGUGAAGUUUUCGAAGAUGCUGUUAAAGAAGCUGGUUUUAAGAAUAUCAGUUUCAAAGAGGAGGAUAUUACUUAUAAAUUUGCCAAUGAACAGGCUUGGAAAGAUUUAUAUUAUUCUGUCAACCCUGUGGUUGCUAACAUUCCUCCAAACGAAAUAGAAGAGUACAAAGUAGAUUAUUUUUCUCAAAUUAGAAAACACACAUUAAAACAAACUGAGGAUUGUAAGGAUCAAGAAGCCAAAGUAGAGUUUACGUUAUGUGUGGUAUCUGCAAAGAAACAUAGUUGAUAAUACGAUACUCAUAUAAAAAUCGAUGUUAAAUUAUCAUUCUGUUUACAAUAAUAAAUUAAAAAGCUGUUACUAAUA